AAGACAACAUAGGGUAUUGUUUUGUUUUCAGCAUGUUUGCCUGAAUGAAGUAUUUUAUUUAAACGUGAGAUUGUCUAGUCUGAUCAACCCACCAAGUGCAAAUUAGUUAGCAUUUACUAAGUAAAUAUACAUACAUUGAAUACAAAGCACAGGUUCUGUUACAUCGCAAACAAAAUGCUUCAUAAAUGUGCUGUUGGCGGUUGUCCAAACAGAUCGGACACGAUUAUACAUUAUAUUUUACCCGAGGAUCCAAAAAGACGCAGCGCAUGGAUGAAGUUUAUGGAAGACACUAAAGCAAAUGGGGAAAACGUGUCGUCUUCGUGUCGUGUGUGCGGUGAUCAUUUCUCUGAGGACUGCUACUUUAAACUGGAUCUGGGUUACACCACUUGCAAGAUAUUAAGCGUGGACGCUGUGCCUACAAUCCACUCUGUUAAUCGAUCAUGUGAGACGGUAAACAGCAUACAGAACGAGGAGACCGAUGACACAUGUGCGAUCACCAUUGCUGAGACCAUUUCACUUGCGUGUGUCAAAGAGGAACCUCUUGAUCUUGAUUUGAAUUGCAGCAUGACACCCCAAGAUGACCAAAACUCGUCGCUGGAGGAUAGUGUUAAAUGUGAGGAAAGUGAGCUGAGCAUUACUGAAGAUAUGGACAUAAAGAAACGUGACCAAGGUCAAGAUGUGAAAGUAAAGAAAGUUAGAAAAGGUGGUAGACUCAGAACUUUCAAUUGUUUAGCUUGUGGGCAGAAGUUUCGCGGUAGGGGUGCACUUAUGCAGCAUCAACGGGAAAAACACGUGAAGCAAAAAAGCGAAUCAGUGACUGAAGAGAAGAUUAUUGUUUGUUCAACUCCUGCUGAGACGUUUCCUAAAAUGGGUCUCUCUAUGCAACAUAGUGCUACACACACUGCUAUAGACACUGAAGGGAUUUCUGAUAAAAAGCACUUGUGUGAUCAGUGUGGAAAGCGCUUUGCUUAUGAAAGUUUUUUGAAAGCUCAUCAGAAAGUUCACGAGUAUGGUGAGUCCAUACUGCCAUAUGUUUGCCACUUAUGUCCCAGACGCUUUGGCUACAAAGUAGCCCUCGUCGCUCACCUUAGACAACACAUGCGGAAAACUGCAAGCCCUUGCCCAAUCUGUGAAAAGAGCUUCCCGUCCAAGAGUUUCCUCGCUCAGCACAUCAAAGCAUUUCAUGCUACAAAAAAACUCUUUUGUAAGACUUGCAAUAGUAGUUUCAAGCUCAACGGCUAUAUGAAACACAUGGACAUGCACAACAAGGUGACCCCGUACUACUGUGAAAUCUGCAAGAUCUAUCUCACGCAGAAAGACCACCCAGGGCACAUGCUCAACCAUGAAAAAAACAGUGUGUCUGAAGAGCCUGUUGCAUCCUUCAAAAACAUACCAAGAAGAGGCAGAAAGAAGUGUGCAGGUGUAUCAGAACAACACAACAACUCUGAAGAAGGUUCAGCGCCUGGAAUCGGGCCAGACGGCGAGCCUGUAACCGUCAGGCAGGAGGAGGCCGAAAUGGAACUGUCUGGUGAAGCCAACAUUCUGGUUAAGAGUGCAGCAGAUCCAUCAGAAGGCGGUGGAAUCUGAAGAGGCUCAGAUUGUUCUGGAAAAGGAACUUACCCAAGAUAAUCAUGAAGAGGAGAAAAGUAUGGAUGAUGCUCUUACUCAGUGAGCCAAUGAGAUAUCGGUUUCAUUACAUCAUCAUUUAUUUCUUCUAGAAACAUAAUGUAUGAAAGGUUAAAAUGUCUUUUUAUAGUUUGAACUUCAGUUUUUUUUUAUUGAGGUUACUCCAUUUGAACACUGUUUGUCUUUAGGCAGAUUUGUAGAUGAACCUUAAGUUACUCUGUCAAGUAAACGAAAUAUUGCAUAUUUUAGGUAGACUUCUGUUUGUUACAGAACACAUUGUGUAUACAUACAUUUUGUCUUUUUUAAUCAUGGUAGGAAAGGUAAAGUGUUAGUAUUGUGUUGCCGAGUUUAAAGAUAAAUGUGUACACUGAAAGAGGAAUUUCAUAAAAAUGAUGUAUUUUUAUUACUGUAAUGUCUGAUGGUUGUGUUUCAUUUCCCUCUAAGCUUCAAAAAUAAAAAAGGCAGAUGCAUUCGGGUAAUGAUGGCUAAAAAUCCAUUCUCUGAUAUAUCAGUCUUUCUAUAUCUUAAAGGAACAGUUUACCUCAAAAUAAAAAUUCUGUCAUCAUUUACUAGGAGGGAAAAUUACAAUGGUAGUCAAAAGUGCCCCAGAACUGUUUGCUUUCCUACAUUCCUCAAACUAUCGUAUGUGUUCAACAGAACAAAUAAAUUUAUAAAGCAAUUUUUCCUACCAUGGUAGUCAAUGACAGCCAAGAACUGUUACAAGCAUUCUUUCAAAUAUCUGUAUUGCGUUCAGCAGAACAAAGAAAUGUACACAGAUUUGGAACAACCUGAGGGUGAGUAAAUGAUGACAGAAUUUUCUAUUUUUGGGUGAACUGUUCCUUUAAAGUUGGCAUGAAAUAAAAAAUGAUCAUUCUAAUUGUUUUACACCAUGGUGAAGUAUUUAUUAUAAAUGAUUUAUCGCUGCACAUCAUUAUUAAAAAAAAUAUUUGCACUUGUAAUCUUUAAUCAAAAACAUUAACCUCCUCCCCCUCGAAAGAUUGUUGCUAAAAGUGAUGCAAAAUCUCGCCAUAAAAUUACAAUAAAUUACAUUAGCUACUGCCUAAACCUAACCUUACAGUAAUAAAAAAUCGUAAUUAACUGUUGUUAUGGUGGUUUUUCCAUUACAGUAUUAAGUUUUUCUAUU